AACGCAUUGGAAACGGCGCUGGAUUAACUGAAAGAACGCCAUUACCAGGACUGAUACAUGCAAUUCAGCCUCCUGUCUCGCCCAAACUGAAACUGAUUUGAAUUAUUGUAUUGUACCAACACAAAGCUUUUGAUUGGCUGACUGUCAGUGAGGGAAUAUUAAACUUCUCCAUGUUUGUAGGCCAUGUAUGGUUUCACAUCUGGGCCUCCUGUACAGUCUAUUCCUGCGUUUCUGACUAAACUAAAGUUACUGGUGGAUGAUGAGGAAACAAACGAUCUCAUAUAUUGGGAUCCGGUAAGAUUAGGUUUAAUUAAUAACUUCGUUCAGCACGGGACAAGCUUUCACAUACGUGAUGGAAACCGCUUAGCCAAAGAAUUACUACCCCUUUAUUUCAAACACAACAAUUUAUCUAGUUUCAUAAGGCAGUUAAAUAUGUAUGGUUUUAGAAAAAUAAAUCGUGUGGAUCCGUCUCUUCCUUUAAAAUCUGACACUGAAGACAUGGAAUUCAGUCAUCCUUACUUCAUCCGCAAUAAAGAUAUUUUGCUAUCCAAAAUUCAGAGGCGGACCUCAAACAUGUUCUCGCCAAUACUGGGGUCAAGAAAUCAAAGUUUUGGUGUGAAAGUACCUUAUGUUCAAACUAAUUCGGGUUUAAAUGGUUCCAUAAGUGUAUCACCCCAAAGACCAAUAACUGCCACAGACUUCUUAAGAUUGGCAGAGACUGUACGGCACUUGCGUUGUAAUCAAGAGGCUUUAAGUCAACAAAUUAGUGUGUUAAAGUCGGAAAAUCAGCUUUUGUAUCGUGAACUUUCUGAUUUACGAGAACAUCACGACAAGCAAUCCCAACUUAUUCAGACACUCUUCACAUUCCUGUCAGCAUUUGCAAAGGAAGGGAGGUCAGCAAGCGUGUGCAUCGGACAGACAAAACGUAAAGCUCUUCCUUCUAUUACUCCAUCCGGUUCAAGAUUUCAAAACAAAGAACUAAAGCUGGAUCUUCGAAAAGAUUUCGUGAUAUCUAUAUGCACUGUGAUAUACACCGUGUUAUCUUUCACUAACAACCAAAAUUGGGACAGGUGUUUGGUACGUAUAUGACUUAGCUUUUGACCUCUGUCAGAAAGACGCUUACAAAUUCUUCAGUGACUUACAAAGUGGUUGAUACCCUAAGCAUCCGGUUUAUUUCGAACAAUAAAGUAAACGGGUUUAUAGCAGUCCUACCUGCUGUACAUUUUAACAAAACAUGUAUACAUGAAUUUGGUAGUAGCAUCCUAACUACAUUAACCUGAUAAGGUUUCCAAAUUGAAAGAAACUCUGUUCAACCACUUCAACUUGUCCAAACUAGUGAUUUGCUCGGACCACAUAAGCGCCCUAAAUUCGACUUACGAAAUUUGUCUGCAAAAAUAGGCAAUACAAGUUCCGGUGCAAAUAUUACUGACCAGAUUUCAGAUAUUGGAUCAGUUGUUCAUAUUCUCCCUUCAAAUCUUCAGCUUACUCCAGUGAAUCUUGGUAAUGACGGUAAAUAUGUAUACUCUUUAACUGGUUCAUCACAAGAGUGUGACGUAAAUAGGCAAAGUUUGGUUGAUAAAAAUCCUGCGAAUGUUCAAGAUGAACCGAGAUACUAUCUGUCUAAGGUAGGUUAUUCUUCAUGCCUUAUUGUUUGUACGUCUGUAAGGUGGUUUAAACGGAUAGUUAGCAUCUCCAGCUUUACUGCUUGAAGUUGUAAAAUGUUUGAUCUCAAAAUACUACUUCAUUCCCCCCUACUGAUUCCUGAGACGCAGUGAUAUGUGAAAAGUAAGUAAUCAGCACAACAAAAAUUGCCCACAAAAUAUCGUGUGGCCAAGACCAUACAACUAUUCGUUUAGUUCUGUAAUCAUGCUUCUAGGUUACUGAAAAUCCUCAACACUAGUCCCUUUUCCCUCCCAAAUUCUUUAUGAAGGAAUAUCCCUAUUUAUUAUGGUCAACCGGGACGUAUCGACCGCCAUUGUUCGCAUGAGAAACGUUAUCUGGAUCGGAAACAACAGGCGGUGUUCGUCAAAGCUGCCAACUUUCCCGAUUUUCAUGUAACUUUGUCAUAGGUAUUCAAAAUAUAACUCGUUCUUCGUCUGACUUUUUAGGAAUUAAUAUCUUACAACGAUAUGUACGCAUCGAUUUCGAGUGUACCUAUGGCUGUCUUGUUUUCCUUAAGUAACAAUCCAGUCCUAUUCAGAUUCCCUUUCUUUCCUUCUGAAUAUAACUUGUUGCUUCAGGACUGGUGUGCGUCAAUCCCUAGUUUGACCAUAGGAAGUGAAGUAAGGGAUCGCGAUUACCGCUUGGUGUCUUUUCAACUUUAGUAGGCUGGAGCUUAACAAACUCUGAUACAGAUUCAGAAAACUUGCUUAACUUCCACCGAUUUUGGUAACCCGUGGGGUAGGUAAGAUGUCCAUCUACCAACGAAAGGUUAAUUAUAUUGCUCAGCAGUCCUCUCCGCUUUAAUUUAUGGUUGUGGCCAUUAAAUAUAGAGGAUACUCGUAAGUUACUAGUAUUUGAUCACAGAUGUCUUAGAAAUAUUGCUCGCGUCUGCUGGGAUCAUCGGGUAAGUAAUAGUGAGGUUAGACGCAAAGUAUUAGGGAAUGAUGGUAAGUCAGUUGAUGAGGUUGUGAAUCUUCAUCAACUGAGAUGGUUAGGUCAGGUAUUGUGCAUACCUAACAACCGAUUAUCAUGACGCAUAAUGCUGACUAGUGUUGGAGACGAAUGGAAGUUAGGGGCAGCCAAACUAAAACGUAAUGUCAGUCCGUAAAGUCACUAAAUUCUUGUCUAAGUCAUGUUGGCAGAUACAGACUACUCGGUUGUGGUCCGUGCGACUAUCGUAACUAGUGGUUGGAGACUGAGUGACAUGGCUCAGAAUCGAUCACAAUGGCGUAGGUGUAUAUCCUCUGUCUUCCCAUAAACCGUGAGAUAGAUAUUGCUUUAUACCUUUCUUUCUACCAACUAAUUCAUCAUUCAUGUAUUAAAUCCUUAUAUGUAAUCUUCCUUUUAUGUAUUACUACCAUUGAAGUAACUACUAUAAAUUCGGUGUUCAUCUUGUUGUGCUAAUGAGGUGUGGCAACUUGGAGCGAAGGAGAUAUGUGCCUGGUCCUACCUUGUGGCUGACUGACUGUAAAACAUGGCCUAUGGAAACAGUUGUCCAUAAGCUGCAGGAUUUUGAUAUGUCUUUUCAAAGUAUUGCUUGCGUUUUAUGGAAUAACUGAGUAAGUAGUACUGAGAUUAGAUAUAAAUUAUUAAGCAAAGAUCGCAUAUUGGUUGGUGAGACUAGUGAUUUUCGUCGACUGAGGUGGCUUAGUAAUUGACUUGUUCGAAUUUCAGCCACUAAGUCCCUGGUUCAAACACCUCUCCACCUAAUUUGGCCUGAGUAACCGGAUAUCAUUGACUCUAACAGUGGCUCAUAUUCAAGUACCUGAUGAAUGAGUAGCUAUAUUUUAUACUAUAUACAUCGACUUUCAAUGUUUGCUGAUGUAAGAGUAAAUUGAGAAAAGAUACAGUGAUUGGAAAAUCAUAAUACGAGAUCAGCCCGUGAGGUCGUUGGCUGUUGAUCUGAUCAGUGUUGAAAGGUGCAAGAUUCCUGGUCGGUGUUUUAAAAUAUUUGCUUACAUGGUGCAAAGUAGCUCAGUUUUGUUCUCUAUCUUCCCGUAAAUUCUGAGUUGGUUUCCCAAAGAAAUCAGAAUUUUUUCUUCACUAGUCAUUGUUUACCACCUAUUAGCCUUCUCAUUUCUAACUAUAAAAUUCCACUUAUAACAAUUUAAUCUUAUUUCUAUUUCCAAACCAAAGGUGGACGAUAAUUUCAUGCAUCCCACAAAUGAUGAAGAGUUUCCUGUAGGCCUUAAUAUUGAGGAAGACGGUGUUACAGAUGUGAAUAAUUCUAUUUUAGAGUUAAACUGGCCAUGUAGUAGAUCAGAUACGCCUUACUGUCUAACUGAUUCUCCUGGCUUGAGUGACGUAAUACCUUCAAAGUUAGAUGGUGUAACAGAUGAAAGUAUUUGUGACCUGCUUCUUAACUGUGACUCACAAACCGAACAAGUAGUCGGUAACAAUCAGUCUCUCCCAGAGUCUACCAUUUCAAAAUACACGUAAGUCUUCAACCUAUCAACACAGUAACUCAUCCGUAAGUUUUAUGGUUAACAUAGUUCCACCAAUUGUAAAUCUUUUAAUUUUAACCUGUAAGCAACUUAGAACCAUGUCCAAAUGUGCAUCAAAAUAAGUUGUCUUAAAGUCAAAAUAGUUUUUUUCUUGAUGUCAGUAUGGAAUCCUUAUACGUAUUUUGAUGCACUUUGAGGUAAAAUUGUUUUCCACUUAACAACACUAAAGAACUGCCCUUGCACAUGAAAUGUAUGGUUGUUAUUUGUGUCGUUUUCAGGAAGGAGCCGAUAAGAAAACAGCAUAAAAUUCAGAACAGACCCCGUUGUAUCGUACCUUUUUCAGAAAGCGACCCUCAAUUUGCUUCCACAACUCUCCAGGACAUUGACAGUCUUCCAUGGGAGAAGUAUCAAGAUAGUGGUUUUGACUUUAACCUCGAUGUUGAACAAAAUCAAACAGAAAAUUCAAGCAGUUCUUCAAAUGGUCUUAUAGUCGGUACGUAUAAAUAGUCUUUUGAUGUUAACCUAUGGUUGGCAGAUUUACUCCUCAAAUAUUCCUCUAAAUCAUUUUUUAGUUAGACAUCUAAUACUAGAUAUUGAAAUCUUAAUUCAAAAUUGGUAAUAAAGCCCACACACAAAUCAAGUGACUUGUGUGGCGCAUAUGUAUUCGGUGCCCCUUUGUACCAAUAUUUAUGUGUUCAAAUAAAUAAAUAAAUGAAAUGCAGCACAUUAGUUGUUUCUCCUGAAAAUAAAGAAUCAUAAAAAAACUUCCUGUUUCGUAGAUAUUUGGAGUUCAUUUCUACACAGUUUAUUUUAUUGACUUUCAUAACCAACUCAUGUUGUUAAACUUACUGGUAUUUAAUCAUUGCUCAGUUUUGUAUGAUAAUAUUUCAUGCGAAUGAUUCGUUCAGUUUUCCAAUGAAUUUUCAACAGCUUGGAUGUGAUGAUAUUUUAGCACUUCACCAUCAGAUUGCUUUUGCAGCAUACUUACUUACUUACUUACGCUUGUUACUCCCAAUGGGGCAUAGGCCGCGGACCAGCAUUCUCCAACCCACUCUGUCCUGGGCCUUCUUUUCUAGUUCCAUCCAAUUCUUGUUCAUUUUUCUCAUGUCUAUUUCCAUUUCUCGGUGUAGUGUGUUCUUUCAUCUUCCUCUUUUCCUUUAGCCUUGAGGAUUUCAUGUGAGGGCUUGUCUUGUGACGCGGUUGGGUGCUUUCCUCAAUGUGUGUCCUAUUCACUUCCAGCGCUUCUUCCUGAUUUCUUCCUCCACUAGGAUCUGGUUUGUUCUCUACCACAGUAGGUUGUUGCUGAUGGUGUCUGACCAACGGAUCCGAAGUAUUUUGCGUAGACAGCUGUAUCUUCUACAUGAUGGCUUUCGUAGUUCUCCAAGUUUCCGCCUCAUACAGUAGAGCUAUCUUGACAUUUGUAUUGAAAAUCCUGACCUUGGUGUUGGUUGACAGUUGUUUUGAGAUCCAGAUGUUCUUCAGUUGUAAAUAUGCUGCUCCUGCUUUUCCGAUCCACGCCUUCACAUCUGCAUCAGACCCACCAUGUUCAUCAAUGAUGCUGCCCAAAUAUGUACAGGUUUCUACAUCUUCCAAAGAGAAAGGGUGAGAGUAAGCAACAUUGCCUGACACCGGUCUUUACCUCGAACAAGUCUGUCAGUUGUCCUCCAUGCACAAUUUUGCAGUUUAAUCCAUCAUAGGAAUUCUGUAUGAUAUUGACUAUCUUCUGAGGCACGCCGUAGUGUCGAAGAAGUUUCCAUAGUGUUGUUCUGUCCACGCUAUCAAAUGCCUUUUCGUAGUCAAUGAAGUUGAUGUAGAG